AACAAAAAACGGAUGAACUAUUUUUCCCCAAAUUUUGUAAAAUAUAAAAUCCCAUCGCGCACUAAAUCAAAUCAAGUGGUAGUUGAGAUGUCACGUAUUCCCGGAGUUAUGAGAGAACUCGAGGCUAAAACAAGAUUCUGGAAAUGUGCUACUCUAUUUGGAGCUAUUCCCGGGGUUCUGAUUAUGAUCGUUGUCACGAUGAUUAAUCGUGAGAAGGAGCGCCAACGACCGAGACCUCCAUACAAACCCAUGGAGUACAUGUACAGGAGAACUAAGCGUUUCCCAUGGGGCGAUGGUAACCACACGCUGUUCCACAAUCCAGAGCGCAACCCAGUUCCUCCCGACGGCUACGAGGUCCCAGAUCCCUUCGAAUCCAAAUAA